UGCGUCAAAUCAGGGCAAGGCAACGGCGCCUGAGCCAGCGAGCUGCAGCCAGGGCUGUGGUUGCUCUGUUUUUUUGAGAUGCAAUUUUUUUCUAACCUGCCAAGCGCUGGAGAGAGCAGGAUGAGCCCUGCAUGGCCAGGCGAUGACGCAGCUUCUCCAUCGCCAUGUGUGCCAGCGGCUCCAUCCCGUCUCCUUGAGACGAGGAGCACAGUGCAGGGAGCACUGCUGCCCCCGUGCUGUGACCGUGCUGGCAAUGGCCAUGUCCCAGGUGGUGCCACCCUGGUGUGACUGGUGCCCUGGGUUGGUGCUUUGCUGGGUUUGACCCAAGGUACGAGGUGAGCCUGGAUGUCCCACCUGUGCCAGGUUGGCUUGCAGCCCCUGUUGCCUUCUGGUCCCUUCUGCACCAGCCUGGAGCAUGGCUCCAUGGCAGUGCCUGCAGCCUUGUCGCACGUCCUGGGUGCUCACGGUCCAGCACCUGCAGGUCCCGGUGGCAGCAGGGCCGUGCAGGAGGGAUGCGGCUGCUGGCAUCGGGGACUGGGGACCUGCUGGAUCUGGCCCUCCCCAGCUGGCGAGGCUUUGCUGUGGCACAGGGAGGAGCAAGCUUGGGUUUGCCUGUUCCCAGCCCCCUGGAACUGCUCUGGUUCCUGUGGGCACCUCUGCAGCGCCCGGAGCUGGGACAGGUGCCAGGGGGCUGUGGGGAGCUGGGGAAGGGGUGCCUGGGCCCAAACGGGAGCCGAGUAGGCAGGCAAUUGGGGGAUGCAGCAGGUGCAUCCUGCUGGCAUUUCUGGGGCUGUUCCCAUUCUUGGGAAGCACCUUGCCACCUCGGAGUCACAGUGGAGACCGUGGCUGGCUCCUGGCGUGGGGGGGUCUCAUGCAAUGAAAGCUGGGGUCACCCAAGGCCGGCUGUGCCCUCUCCUCCCAGUACAGGGGUUGACUGGCCCCUGCAACAGGCACAGUCCUGUCCCCACGAAGCCGGCAUCUCCGAGGGCUGGAUGUGCAGCUCCCCUGGCUGCUGAGCUGCCGCCCUCGGAGUUCAUGCAGGUGGCGGACUCAACGUGGCUGGCGCUCAGCGUCGUGUCCAACGGCAGGGCCUCCUCUGGCUGCCAGGCCACCGGUGUCACCAAGAUUGCCAAGUCGGUCAUCGCUCCACUGGCCGAGCACAAUGUCUCAGUGCUGAUGCUCUCCACGUACCAGACGGACUUCAUCCUGGUCCGGGAGAAGGACCUGCCCGCGGUGAUCCACACGCUGGCGGGAGAGUUCGACAUCUACAAGGAGGAGAACGGCGAGUUUGUCCCCGUCAACCGCGACGACGUGAGCAAUGGCUUCCUCAAACCCAAGCCAGCUGCCAGCCCCACGGUGCACCCCGUGCAGAGCCCCCAGAACCGCUUCUGCAUCCUGACCGUGGCGCCCGACACGCUGCCCGCCAUUGCCACCAUGCUCAUCGAUGUCCUCUUCUACUCCCCCAGCCCCCCGAAGGAGGCUCUCCCUGGCAGACAGGAGCUCGACACCAUCACCUUCUUUGCCUUCUCGCUGAUCGAGGGCUACAUCUCCAUCGUGAUGGAUGCAGAAACCCAGAAGAGGUUUCCCAGUGACCUGCUGCUGACCAGCUCCACAGGGGAGCUCUGGCGGAUGGUGCGGAUCGGCGGGCAGCCCCUGGGCUUCGGGGGCUUCUGCCCGCGUGUCCCGGCGGCUGGGCCACGGCCUGCACUCACGGCGGGCCCCUCACCUCCCCAGACGAGUGCGGCAUCGUGGCCCAGAUCGCCGAGCCCCUGGCCGCUGCGGACAUAUCGGCGUACUACAUCAGCACCUUCAACUUCGAUCACGCCUUGGUCCCCGAGGAGGGCAUCACCGAGGUCAUCGAGCUGCUCCAGCGGCGCCAGGAGAGCGGCGGCAGAUAGCAGGCGAGCCCGAAGGCGCCGGCACCCCGACGCACCUGCCCACGGCUAUCCUUCCUCCGGCAGCGGCGCUCCCUCCAGCCCCACCGUGGCUUUGGCCGCUGCCAAGCUGGGGCUCAGCUGUUGCUCGGGAUGGCCGGCGCGGGGCCGAGCCCGGGGCACUGCCGUGUUAUUUGGCCGCCGGGGGAGCAGAGAAAGCUCCACUGCGCCACCCCGGCGGCAAGCAAGAGGCUGGAGGGCAGCGGCGGCCCGGCCUCAGCCUCGAGCACUCCUUGGCCUGUCGCUGCUUGCAGCUAGUGAUGCUUUUUUUUAUAAAAAAUAAACUUCUCUCAGGGCAGGUGGUGGGUGAUGCUGUCACGGUGACGUAGCCUGGGGCCGAGGGCAGGAUCUCCCUUGGAUCCCCCUUCUCUGGGGCUGGGCUCUGCGUCGCCCUGGUAUGGCCCUGGAGGCUCCCACCUUUUGUUGGGGCGGGGGGAGCGGUGAACUGUCUUCCAAACUGUGUUUUUUUUGUCAUAGUUUUUACUGAGUCAAUAAAUUCCAGUUUUUCCACGUACUGCGUGGCUGCAGGUCAGCGUUGGCGGUGCCCCAUAGGUUCCCCCCCACCCUUGCAGCAUCCGGGGCUGCCAGCAGCAUCCCUGCAUCCCUGUGCCGGGACAGCCACGGAUGUCGCUCAGGUCCUAAAGGCCGAGGUGAGAUGCUGGAAAGUCUCUUCGCCAGGAGCAGUGUCGCAGAGGAGCCAUCCCGCGUGCUCCUGGCACUGCAAAGCAGCCGGGGAAACCAGCGCGGGAAGGUGCUGCCUCUGGUCGCCUCCUUUCUGGGCAGGGAAGCCAUGGUGCCAUUGGAGUCAAAAAUAGGAGCAGCAAAGGGGCUCGAAGCCCGGCUCCCUUGCCGCAUCCUUGGAGACGCGUCCGGCAGGGCAGCACAAUGCUCCCGUGCCUGCCGUGGUGCAGGUGGUGGGACUUAGCGGCUGCAAAAAAGCCACCGAAGCUGGAUGCUGCCCACAUUCCCCUUGCAUGCACACGUGGGAACCCUCGUGGCUUUGCCAUUUCUUGCUCUCUCGGCGAAAGUUUUUGGUUUUUCUGGUAUUUUGCAGGCGGGGAGCGAGUGCCAGCAUCCCUGUGUGGGCUGGGAGCAGAGCUGAGCUGGCUGCAGCCCCUGGCUCCUGUCCUUUUAGUUGCAGCGGGACCCCUAUAAAACCUUCCUUGGUCCCAGCCCCGAGCGCGGGAGCCAAGCUGGAAGGAGAUGCUCACGUAACGGGCUGGACGUAGGGUCACCCCGGAGAGCGGCAGGAGCACAAUGGGGGGUGGGAAACUUAGGCACGGCGAAGACCAUGGACGCGUGGCGGUCCCCUUCCCUUCGCAGGUCCCGUGGCACCGGCUGUGCGGGUGCCCAGCCAGUCCCGUGCACCGCAGCCAUGCGCGGCCCCUCCGCCGUGGCUUGCUUCGGCAGGCGCUUGCACGACCUCGAGUUCCUACGAAGUCCCCAGCCUCUUUCCUUCCUGUCUCACUCUCUCUUCCAGAGUCAUGAGACAGCAGUGACGUAUGCCGCGGAGAUUAAGAAACUACAGUCAGCCAAUGCGGUCACCAGCUCUAUUUUUAACUGUGUUGGGUAUUGCACAUUCUUCCACGACGCACUCCUCUUUCAUCUGCAUCCUCCUCCCAUCGGUGUUCAGGGAAGGCUGCUACCUCUGUGCCGGUGACUGGGCUUUUUCCUUCUUCCUUUGGAGCCCAGCGGAGACCUGCGGCAAUGAAAAGCAGCUGCUUCCCGCUGCCACCCAGCCCCGCAGCACUGGCGCACUUCCCCAGCCCGUGACUCAAGAGGAUGAGCCACCGUGUACAGCACCGUGCGCCCUCGGGAGAGCAGCCUGACUCCCGGGCUUUCCCAGGGCUUUUGGAGUCAUGCAAUGAGUCCGCUGGAUUUCUGCACUUCCUGCUCAGCGUGGUGCAGGCCCUGCGCAAACUCCUUGGAUUUUUCACUGUGCAAGGCCUGGGGUGGUGCAGGGCUCUGGGGGCCUCUUCUGGUGGGGAUCCUUGGUGGUGGUCAGGGCCCAGGUGCCAUCAUGCAGCCCCAGGGACCACGGCCAGCCCAGCUCCCUCUGCCAGCCAGGCCUGACCCCACGUCACGCACUCAUGGGCAUGGCAUGGGCUGUGGGCUGGGGACGUGAGUGGAUGAGCAGCCAGCUUGGUUUUGGAGUUGCUAGAAGGAUGGAUGGAUGGUUGGUUAGAUGGAUGAGAAGACAGGUGGGUUGGUGAAGUAUAGGUGGAUGGAUACACGGAUUGGUGGGUGGGUGGAUAUGUGGAUGGGGUGGAUGGAUAGCUGGAUGUGUAGGUGGGGCGGAUGGAUACAUGGAUUGGUGGGUGGGUGGAUGCGUGGAUGGGGUGGAUGGAUAGCUGGAUGUGUAGGUGGGGUGGAUGGAUACAUGGGUGGGUAGAUGGAUGGAUGGGGUGGAGGGAUGGAUGGAUAGAUGGAUACAUGGAUGUAUAGGCAGAUAGAUAGGUGGAUGGAUGGAGUGGGUGGAUAGGUGGAUGGAUAGAUGAGUGGAUGGGUGGAUAGGUGGAUGGAUGAACAAAUUGCCUUUGUCAAACUGGUGUGAUUUCUCCUGGAGACAAGGAACUUUUGGAUCCUU